UCUCUCUCUCUCUCUCUCCCUCUCUCUCUCUAUCUCUCUCGUCCAAUACUAGUUCAGCUCCACUGGUGUCCCAGGUCUGUUGGUGAUGGAGAGACGGGCAUCACCUCUAGAUCAGCACACGUCCAGGGCUUCCUGCGCUGUCUCUGAUCUUCACUGACCUCUGGAGGAACUGCUGGACAGCAGCGCUCAGAAACGGGAAGGAAGCACGAGGACGAUUGCGUCUCAGACGGCGUGGACGAAGACGACAGAGAAAGUGACCACAAACACGCUCUACUGACACGAGAACAAACUCAGAGAGUGCCUGUAAAACGACAUGAACAUUAAAGACUCAACGGCAGACGUUUGAGACCUCGGAGGAACAGCUGGAAGAAGCGUGAUGUUUCUUCAGUGACCAUCUGAAGACAUGUGGAGCUCCGAGAACCAGUGUGUUCAGGACCAGACAGAAGUCUGCAGACCUCUCCAUGCGGAGCGAUGAAGAGCAGCUGAGAGGGUCAGGAGAGGUCGUCCGUCUCAGGUCCUGAUGGAGAAGAACGAGCCGCCCGUCUCUCCGUCUGUCGUCCAGCCGGUCAGUCCGGCUCGCUCCAGUUCUCCGGAUGCUAGCACGGCUCGAGAGGCGGAGGGCGGUCCGGACGCGGUGGAACCCGAGGACCACCCCAGGUCCUCGCCGUCUCUCCCGCCCGACGUCCCGGUCAUCAGCCUGGCCCACAGCAAGCCCCCGCUGCCCGGCCUGCGCCUGGCCCUGCUGCCUCCGCCCUUCCUGCACACACACCGCUUCAUCAGCAGCUCUUUCCUCGGGCCGGCGGGGAGCUUCGGGAUCUUCGGUAACGCCCGUAUGAAGAGACGCCCGUCCACACACUUCGAACUGGAGCUCAGUGACGGUCCUCCUCAGAAGCUGGCUCGCCGUGUCUUCACUAACAGCCGCGAGCGCUGGCGGCAGCAGAACGUGAACGGGGCGUUCUCCGAGCUCCGCAAGCUCAUCCCGACCCAUCCGCCGGACAAGAAGCUGAGCAAGAACGAGAUCCUGCGCCUGGCCAUGAAGUACAUCGACUUCCUGGUGCAGCUGCUGAAGGACCAGAGCAGCGGUCAGCGUGAGGAAGCGCCGGACGACAGCGGCUCCUGCGAGAACAGAGACUCCACGGACUGUGUGCCGGUGCUGGCCUCCUCGGGCUCCAGCUGUUACGGGGACACAGACAGCGAGGAGAGCCCGGGGCCCUGCGGCAUUCAGCCCAAAAACGGCCCAGGCAUCACGGAGAAGGUCCAGGAGCAGAUUCUGACGGUCACUGCCAGCAGCUACCAGCGGUGACCAGCGCUGACCUCCUCCAACUGACAAGCGGGUUGCCAGGUCUCCUCAACAAAACCCACACAAUUUCUACUCAAAACUAGCUCAGUUGUGUAAAAUUAGCAUUUCAGGGGCUAAACGUUAUUGCGGUCAUUUAAACCUAUAGACAUGAAAAACAUAUCCCAGUUUGGCGGGAAAACCACAGACUUGGCAACAUAUAGAAACUGGAUCAUCUGAAAUCCGUGGCUUGUAUUUCUGAUUCAUGUUUGUCUCGUGAUCUUCAUGUCUGCCACUUCUCCAUUUAGUUUCCUCCCUGCAAAGAAGUGUUCAUCUUUCUUAGUGUUUUUGUCUUGUUUCUAGUCAACAUAUCUAAAAACUCUUAAAUCAACAUGCAUUUACUAGAGGUGCUAAAUUAAGAGCAUUAUUUUACUUAUCCUAUUGGCAGAUAAUUAUAUGUACUUAAUUUAGUUUUUUUUUUUGCUUGGAAACAAGGCUAAAUAUCUUAUGCCUUUUUGUUAAUUUAGUAAAUGCAUCUUUCAGAAAAUAAAUUUUUAAGAUAUUUUACUAGAUACAAGACUAAGACAAGCCUUCCUUUUGCAGUGAUUUUUAAAGAAGCUCUGUGUGUGUGUGUGUGUUUGCGUGUGUGUGCGUGAGUGUGUGUGUGUGUGUGUGUGUGCGUGUGUGUGCGUGAGUGUGUGUGUGUGUUUGCGU